GGGGUUCGUGAAUUUCACGGCCCGGACCAACAUGCAGUUCCUGGAGAGCCCGGUCGAUAAGUUUGAUGAUUGGUUCUGCCGCUUCUUUGUGGUGAUAGCCCCGGAGGACCUCCCCUUUCCCAACGUAUGGAAAGAGGAGGAUAAGUUUCCUUCCCACACCUUUUCUUCUCGCACCCUGGACCUCGAGGAGGUUUUCCUCCUCCCCCUUAAGAACAGUCAUCCGGUUCCCGCGCUCUACUCUAUAAGGAUUCGUAUUUCUGGGGUCUUAGGUUUUGGGUGUCUCCUGAUGUUCUUCUCCAAGCAGCAUCGGGGAACACUACUUCUUCUUGGGCUCCUUCCCCCAAGACCACGCGAUUUCGAAAGGGAUCGCGACGAUCCUCUCGAAGGGAUCUUUCUCCAGAAGAGGACACUAAGGAUGAAGAGGCCCGGCCUAAGCGAGGUCGGAACUCCAUUCCACUCCCCGGCUCGACGGCGUCCGCCGGUUACUCCAUGGGGACCGCCGGCGAUGGGUCUCUUACCGGGCAUGGGAAUACUGCCCCUGGGGACCAGCCCUAUCCAUAUGCUCGGGAGGCCUACCAAUAUACAUGAAACGAGAUUCUCGUUUGGAAAUGUACGACUUGCAAAUAAUAGAGCUCUUGAGGUGACGGGCAUGGGUGACAUGGUGUUGAAGACCUUAGUCGAUUUCUGGACUUUGAAGGAUGUGAGAGUUGUUCCUGCCUUGAAGAAAAGUUUGAUUUCUGUUAACCAGUUGGACGAACAAGGACAUGAGGUGAAGUUCGGAAAUUGGCAGUGGAAGGCCGUAAAAGGAAAUCUUGUCAUGGCCUGCGAAAGGAAGAGUGGUUCGUUGUAUACGGUCGAGUUACCAUUUGAGUGAGUGACCGCCCCAGUUCAGAAUUGAAAUAAAGUCCGGUUCACAGAGUCUCGUGGGCAGAAUAAUGUUGUCCUUCGAUU